CUUACCUCGGCCAAAAGUAGAAUUAAAGUGACUAGAUCAUUUUGUGUCUCCCGAACUAAACAAUGGACAAAUUGCUACUAAUAUGUGUUGUAAUGGCCGUAACGUAUGAGGGCUGCGGAGCAUUGGAAGGAACCGAGGACCAAAUGAAAUGGAUGAAAGAAUUUGCCAAGGUAUUUUGUCAGCCUGAUAAAACUGAUGAUGCGAUCAUGGCCAAAUUGGGCAAAUGCGAAGACAUUCACACCAAAACAGAAUCGGCUGAUCAAUUGGCGUUUCACAAUAAGUGGAUGGACAAAAGUAAGGAGUGCCUUAAAAGCGAUGCCACGGCUAAGAAAUACACAAAAGUGAAUCUUGGUAAUGAGAAAUAUAAACAAGUACUGAUGAUGUUUUGCGAUAGUGAAUACCACACGUGUAGUAUGAAAGUGAUCAUGGACAAUAAAGAAUUGAUGGCUGAGGGACAGAAAUUGGCAAAAACUAUGAAAAAGGACGGAGAAACUGAACUUCAUAAAUGCUUGACAGAGGCGAUCAAGAAGUGAAUAUAAUUCAGACUAUAAUAAAUAAAUU